AGAUGCCAGGUUAGAACCACUUGGGACACUCAGGACCAGCCAGGACCAGCCCCCUCUCCUCCUCUCCCACCUCCCAAGCGCCACCCGCUGCUUUUCCUGGCUCUCACCUCUCCUUUGCCCUGGGGCCUGGGCUGCCUGAAGAACCCAGGAGUCAGCCCUCCAUACCUUUAACAGGGAUGGGACCCAGCUGUGUUUCAGCUCCAAACCCGCCUCUAACUUCAGACCUAACCUCAGCUGUCGCCUUGACCUACCCUGACCCUACAUCCAACUCCAUGGUCAACCUGCACCUGAAUUAGCCUCUUAGCACCAGGCCUGAGAGCAGCCUCAACCCGGCCCAGGUCCAGCUCCUGCCCCACACCCAGCAUGGCAAAGGACUUUCAGGACAUCCAGCAGCUGGACUCCGAGGAAAACGAUCACCAGCUCGGUAGAGGGCUGCCUCCUCCCCAGCCCCGUGUGCUACAGCACCUCUGCUCCAGGCCUCACCUCAGUCUGCUGGUCCUGGGCUUCAACGUCCUGCUGCUGGUGGCCAUCUGUGUGAUUGGGUCCCAAAAAGCCCUACUGCAAAUGGAGCUGUGGACCCUAAAAGCAACUUUCAGCAACUUCUCCUCCAGCACGCUGGGGGACAUCCAGGCUCUCAGCUCCCACGGAGGCAGUGCAGGUGACAGGCUGACAUCUCUGGAAGCCAAGCUGGAGAAACAGAAGCAGGACCAGAAGGCAGAUUACGCCGCCUUGCUGCUUCACCUGAAACACUUCCCACUGGAUCUGCGAGUCCUGGCUUGUCAGAUGACAUUCUUCCAGAGCAACGGCACAGAAUGCUGCCCGGUGGACUGGCUGGAGCGUGAAGGCAGCUGCUACUGGUUCUCUCGCUCUGGGAAGACCUGGCCCGAGGCUGAGAAGUACUGCCAGCUGGAGAACGCCCACCUGGUGGUCGUCAACUCCAGGGAGGAGCAGAAAUUCAUUGUACAACACACGAACCCCUUUCAUACCUGGAUAGGUUUGACUGACAGCGAUGGCUCUUGGAAAUGGGUAGAUGGCACAGAUUAUAGGCAUAACUAUAAGAACUGGGCCGCCACUCAGCCAGACGACUGGCAGGGGCACGAGGUGGGUGGAGGUGAAGACUGUGCCGAAGUCCGGUCUGAUGGCCGCUGGAACGACAAUUUCUGCCAGCAGGUGCAACGCUGGGUGUGUGAGAUGAGGCGGAACAUUACCAGCCAGGGGUUCUGACCAGCAGGUCUCUAACUUGCCCUGACUCCAGCUGCUCUACUGGGGAUUUUGAAGAAAGGAAGAAUAGAGGUAGAGGUAUGGGGAAGGGUUGAGCAGAGAUAGAAGGGGGUGAUCUAAGAAUCUCAGACGCUGGAGAGACUGAGAUCACACCUCCUGCAACUCACUGUACUUACUAUAAUUUUCAGCCUCCUCAGUGGAGUAGGAAAAGAAGAAACAAAUACUUGAAACUC